CAGAUGACGUAUGGAAGUUAAGUUAUUCGUUUUUCUGUCUCUGUUCCACUUACUACUAUCGUAUACUUUGCUUUCACAUUAUAUUAAUUGACGUUUUAGUUAGAAAUAACGAAAUAACAUAGUUUGCUGAAAGUAAGGAUAAAUAAAUGAGAUUUUAAUAAUAAUGAACUCGUACGUGGGUUUCGUCUUUUUAUAAAAUUGUGUGCUAGGCUAUAAUGUGUUUGUAAAGUACUACAACAGAAACUAGUGACCCGUUAUAGUAGUUACCGUUAAGUGUUAUUUAUGAAUGUAACCAUCUUCAAUAGAGUCAACAACCAGAGCAAAGACAGUGGCGGCAUGUAUUCAGAAUGGAGUUCAUUGCCGCUGGAGGGCGGGGGGCGCGGCGUGCUGGGCGCGGUCGGCGGCCGCGACGUCGUGCUCGCUGUCGUCAAACAGCUAGCCUCGCACGAGCCCAGCCCGCUUACUACUGAUGCUGAGGUGGAGUGGGUGCUGGAGGUGAUCCGCUUCGGUCUGUCGCUGCCGCUGCAGGAGCACGAGGCCCUGCGCGACUGCGUGCGCGUGUGCUGCGCGUGGCUGGCGCCGCUGCUGCCGCCCGCGCCGCCCGCCAUGCCGCCGCCGCCCGCGCUGCCGCCGCCCGUCGCCGCCGCGCCGCACAAGUACGCGCGCCGGAUACUCAGACACCUGCAGAACCUCUUCGUGCCCAGGCCUAAUGAGAGCGUGGACCUGAUGAGCAAGCAGGCGGUGUUGUGCCACCGCGUGCUGCGGCUGUCGCGCGCGCUGGCGGCGGGCGGCGCGCUGGGCGGGCGCGAGUGGCGCGCGCUGCUGCUGCUGGUGCUGGCGGCCGCGUCCGCGCUGCUGUCGCCGCCCGCGCCGCACCACUCCGCCGCCGACCAGCUCUGCGAGCGGGUGCUCUGCGUGCUCUUCGAGGUCUGGAUACUCGCCUGCCACAGAUGUUUCCCCGCGCCGCCGCUGUGGCGCACGCUGCGCGAGCAGUGCAUCCGCUGGCGCCACCGCGCGCCGCUCACCGAGCAGUGGACGCGCGCCUCGCUCUGCCUCACCGCCAGGCUGCUCAAGCACAUGUACGGGCCGCUCUUCCCCGUUAUGCCAAUCAGCGAGGAAGACGCGAACCUCAUCCCGGCGGACAUGAGCGCGGAGGCGGUCAUGCAGAGCUGGUACCGCAUCCUGCACACCAUCGGGAACCCCGUCGACCUCUGCCGGCCGCACGUCAUCAGUCAGACGCCUGAUUUCUUGCAGUACUCGAUAACACAAGAGGAAGGUUCUCGCGACCCGAGCCAGCAUCCCUGCCUGCAGGCCUUGCCGUCCAUCUUCCACAAGGCCAUGAAGGGCAUCGCCGCACACGUCGACGCCUUCCUCGGGCGCGGCAGCGAGCGCUGGUGGGCGCGGGACGGGGGCGCGGGGGGCGCGGGCGGCGGCGCGGGCGCGGCCGAGGGCGCGGACGACGCCGAGCUCACGCCGCCCGCGCACCGCCGCCUCGCCAAGUCCUUCAGCGUGUCCGCCGCCAGGCCGCGCGACAAGCUGCCUGAACGAAGUACCCCGCGAACCUCGUUGAUCGGUCUGACCAGCAGUCGACCGCCCAGUGUCGUACCCACGACUCCACCCAACUCUAUUUCAUCGCAAGUAGGUGAGUCUGAGAAGCCGCCGUUGACUCCGCUUCGCCCGAAGGUGAACUCUAUCCUACAUUUGUUCGGCGAGUGGCUAUUUGAGGCCGCUCUCAUCGGCACUACGCCCGCCUAUACUAACCAACAACGUGCGGAGGGCACGCCGCCGCCGCCAUCGCUGUCAGAUUCCACGUUCAAACUGAACAUGCUUAGCUAUCAGCCAGGUCGCGCAGAAGCGCUGGGCACGCUGUGCCGCGUGUUGUGCAGCAAGCAGUGCCGCGAGGAGGUGCUGGCGCCCUACCUGGCGCGCUGCUACGCGGCCCUGGCGCGCGGGCUGCGCGACCCCGCCACCGCCGCCGCCGUCGUGCUCAACGCGCCGGACCUCUUCCGAUUGGAUCUAGACGGCGUUUUAGUCUUGGUACCAGACUUCGUGACAGCUUUAGACCAGAUUUUAUCAGAGAGAGAACCAAAACUAGAAUGCGGGUCCAUAGACAAGAGAGAAUUACGAAAAGCGGCCAUUAGUGCUCUACUAUCAUUGGUCGCCUUCCCUUACCAUUAUAAGGGACUGCCAGUUCCUGAGUUCCCUGGGUGCAACGAAUACGCUGGCAUGACGCUCGGUGACUAUACUCGCGGUAAAAUAUCCUUGAUAUGCGUGUCUGCGGUACAAGUGGAGACUACAGACGCUCUGGCCGUGCCGUUACUGAGCGCGUUGUACCUGUGCGUGCGGCAUAACGCGUAUGUAGGCCCGGGGAAGGCCCACAGCGCCCCCCCGGGGUCCACCAUGUCACAUAGCACGGAUUAUAAAGGUGUUGUAGCGCGGUCGGACAGCGGCAGCGCCGAGGGGAGCGCCGAGGGGCACUCGCUCGACGACUUCGCGGCUGACGUUAGGGAGCUAGACCCAUCCUCGCCUGUUUUCGGUGCUGCGCUGGUGGUGCGAGCUACUUACCUCGUGUGUCACCGGCUCAUAUCCUCGUGGAAGGGAGAUUUGCAGGUCUCACUGGCAGCCUUGGAACUGCUGUCAGGACUUGCCAAGCUACAUUCUUCGAAGCCAGAGGCUAUAGAACGCAAGCGCGCGGUGCGUUGGAUCUGCGACUACAUCACAGUGCAGUGCAGCCGGCCCCCGCAGGCGCACUCGCGCGACCUGCACUCGUGCGUGGUGGCCGCCUACUCGUGCCUGGCCGCCUGGCUGUGCCCCGCGCUGCUGGCCGACUCCGACUGCAUCGCCACGCUGUUGGAGGUCGUCGAGCUUGGUAUCUCCGGCAGCAAGAGUCAAGGGAAACCCGGUGAACCACCAAAAAUGAAGGAUGAGAAAGAACUGAAGCCUGUCUCCAUGAGAGUUCGCGAUGCUGCUGAAUCGUUACUAAUGUUGAUUUUGGAACAGGUAUCAAAAAUACUAAAGCUUUUUUCCAUAAAAGGUAACUUUAAAACAGAAAUUGACUUGAUUCUUUUGUCUCAGCAAAUUGGUAACGGUGGUCACGGAUCGUCAUGGUGUCGUUUGGAUGAGCGCUGGCUGGCGGCGCUCGGGCACGGCCAACUUCGGCACUUCGUAGCAGACGGCAAUAUAUUGCUGUCUCUGCUUGAAGAACCGCUUAGCAACAGCCAGGAGCCACAACCUACUCUUAUAGUGAUAAUCCGCUGCGGCUGGGGCCGCUACGCGUGGUCGCUGAGCAGCCGCGGCGCGGCGCGCUCGGCCACGCGCGGCUGCGGCGGCGCCUGCGCGCGCCCCGUGGACAUGCGCGACCCGCGCCCCGCGCAGCCGCCCGUCUGCCGCCCGCUGCCGCCCGCGCCGCCCUGCGCGCUUGAUUCGGCAUUCCCGACUCUGGAAUCUGUAGUGCGUCAACUGAACGACCCCGAAGCUCCAACACUUUUCAAACUAUUGGAACAGCAAGCAGCCAUUGAAAAGCGGGUGCGGGAGAGUGAAGAUAAUGUCGUACCUGAAGAGUACGUUCCUCCAGAGCCAGUCACAGAAUUCCAGACUGCGAGACUUUUCCUCUCACAUUUUGGUUACUUGAACAUAGGAGGCGAUAAAAAGGGCGCGGCGGGUCGCCUGGUGGCGCUGGAGUCGUCCCGCGCGGGGUUCGCGGCGGCGCUGCGGCGCGUGGACGCGUGCGGCGCGCGCGCCCCCACCACCGUGCACGUGUUCUGCGCGCGCGCGGGGCAGCUGCGCGCCAGCGACAUAGUGGCCAACGCGGCCAGUCUCAGCACUGUGCCGCCCGCCUUUGUCAGGAUGCUGCGCGGGCUAGGCACCCCUGUGUCAGUCCGCGGGCAUCCCGGCUGGACGGGUCACGUGGACACGAGCUACGACGCCCGCACGCCGCCGCAGACCACGCAGAGAGAACCCGCGCCUGCUAUGUACGAUGCAAGGGAACAGGUCCUCUAUUGGUCGGACUCUACGAACGAGAUCGCGUUCGUGGUGCCCUCUGGCCGCGAAGUGUCGGAAAGCGAAGACCGGCAGAACGAUAGUAUGAAGUCUGAUGUCGACGGAUCCUGCUUGUCAAACAGCUCUGAGAAGGCAGCGGGGUCGUGUUGGGACGUGUCCAGCGGCAGUUCGGGCGCGGCGUCUUACGAGCGGAGUGUUAGCGAGUCGGAGCGCGCGAGCGGCGACCGAGCCACCGGCAAGCUGAGCGACAAACUGAGGGCGCUGUCUCUCGACCUGGACAAGCAGCCACAGUCGCAACUUACUGGUAGCGGAAGACGUAACAGAGAUUUCACGACGAAAAUUCUUAUCAUUUGGUUGGAGGACUUUGAAGAUCAUCUCAACUUACCAAUUGAUGACUUACUGUCGUACUGCGAGACGGGCUUGCCGUGGCGGCGGCACGAGGUGGUGACGCUGUGCGUGAGCGCGCGACGAUGUGGACUCGUGAGAGUAGCGAGCGCGGCGCCCGGCGGAGUGCUGGCGGCGGGCGCGCUGCUGGCGCCGCGCCUGCUGCCCGACUGUCUGCGCCGCGCCGCGCUCGACGCCGCGCGCCGCACCCGCCUCCACACCGACCUGUAUCAGCCGCCUCACGUCCGCCGGCGCCACCUCAUUCAAGAGUUAGCACAACAAUACAAAAAAGAUUUAACUGAACCAGAACUUUUGGAGUCAUUGUUCAGAGCACCGUCCUAGACAUAACUUUAACUUCUAACAUAUUCCUUAAUAUCACAAUUUCAUCAAACAAGAUAUUUAUAUUCCAGCUUUGCAUCAAAACUUAUUGGCUUUAGAUGUCUGCCCAAUAAUUUAACAUUCUUGGUGGGCAAAAAUUGGGCUACAAAACCCAAGCGUGGGCCAAACCAGUUUUAUAAGCAAACAUUAUACAUGAACAUUGUUUGUUGAAUAUGUAUUUGAGUAACUCAAAAGAAUUACUCAAUGUAAUAUAAUUUUUAACCAAUUAUCUUAAUCUUAUUUCUUAAAAAAAAGUAAAUACAUUUUAGUAUAUGACCGUGCUUCAAUUGUUUUCUUCAGGCAUGGUACGGUCCAACCGAAUAUAUAUUUUAUGCACGCGUAAUAUAAAAUUGUAACGUGCCUACGUAUCUUAUGAUUUUUAUUCGAACACGUCACGUUUUAAAAUAACUGCGUGAGUCUUAUUACACAAAAAUAAAUUAAUUUGUUUUAAAUGAGGCGGCAUGCAAUAGCUCUGCAGUUGUUGAGCUCUCGAAUUAUUCGAUCAAUGUAUUAUUAAUUAUAAUAAACGCUUUUACUGUUAUUUAUUCAUUAAGACUGAUGAAAUGCAUAAACCAAUGAAUUGUACUCAUAAAUUAUGUUAACAUUCCGAUUUCUAAUGCAGUAUUUAUUUGCGUAAUGUACUUAAUUUUAUUGUUAUAUUAUAAUAAAAUGUUAUUUUCUUAUCAAUACUAA